AUGAUUGCAUGCAUGCAGCCUAAAAAGCAAAACUAGAAAGUUAUUAUUUAAAAAAAAAACUUUUUUAUAUAAUGGAGACCGGGAGUUCUUCAUCAUCUUCAAACAAUAAUGCCAAAUCCUCCCCCUUCCAAGUCCAGCAAGGCUACCCGGAGGCAGAGACGCCGGUGUGGAAGAUCGUGAUGGUGGCGGCGGUGGCGGCCGGAGUACAGUUCGGGUGGGCCCUACAGCUGUCCCUGCUCACCCCGUACGUGCAGCUGCUCGGAAUCCCGCACAAGUACUCCUCCUUCAUCUGGCUCUGCGGCCCCAUCUCCGGCCUCAUCGUUCAGCCCCUCGCCGGUUACUACAGUGACAAUUGCACGAGCCGGUUCGGCCGUCGCCGCCCGUUUAUCGCCUCCGGUGCCAUACUCGUCAUUGUCGCCGUGUUCCUCAUCGGAUUCGCCGCCGAUAUCGGCCACUCUGCCGGCGACCCCCUCGGCAAAACCUCCAAACCUCGGGCCAUUUCGAUCUUCAUCGUCGGAUUCUGGAUACUCGACGUCGCCAAUAACAUGUUACAGGGUCCAUGCAGGGCACUGCUAUCAGAUCUGUCUGACGGGAGUGCUGAAAAAACGAGAAUGGCAAACACGCUAUUCUCGUUCUUCAUGGCAGUGGGAAACAUUAUGGGCUACGCGGCGGGGUCCAACCCCCGCCUCUACGUGUUUUUCCCCUUCAGCCGGACAGAUGCGUGCGACGAAUACUGCGCAAACCUGAAGAGUUGUUUCAUAAUCUCCGCGCUCCUCUUGCUCUCCAUCACCACCGCGGCCGUGACGUGCGUCAAAGAAACCCCCUUCUCGAAGAGCAUAUACGAAGAGGACGAAACCCCAAAGGUGCCUUUCUUCGGGGAGCUCUCCCAUGCGCUGAGGAAUCUACCCAAGCCCAUGUUGAUCCUCCUCCUCGUCACCGCCCUCAACUGGAUCGCAUGGUUCCCGUUCCUCUUGUACGACACAGACUGGAUGGCAAAGGAGGUGUACGGUGGCGAGGUUGGGGAUGCCGGGUUGUACGACAGCGGCGUGCGUGCUGGGGCACUCGGCCUCAUGCUCCAGUCUGUGGUCCUAGGGUUCAUGUCCAUCGGAGUGGAGCUCCUCGCACGUCACCUCGGAGACGUGAAGAAGCUCUGGGGUGGGGUCAACUUCAUCCUGGCUUUCGGGUUGUCCAUGACGGUCAUUGUCACCAAGUUCGCGGCGCACUCGAGGCGGCUCGACGCAUCGGGAAGCGUCAUCCCCCCGACCGCCGGCGUCAAGGCCGGAGCUUUGUUGAUAUUUUGCAUUCUUGGCAUUCCUCUUGCCGUGACUUUCAGCAUUCCCUUCGCUCUUGCAUGCAUCUUUUCCAGUGAUGCCGGUUCCGGGAAUGCUGGCCUUUCUCUUGGUGUCCUCAAUCUUGCCAUUGUUGUGCCGCAGAUGAUUGUAUCAUUCUUGAGUGGGCCAUGGGACGCAAUGUUCGGAGGAGGGAAUUUGCCGGCGUUCGUAGUGGGGGCCAUAGCGGCAACGGCGAGUGGGAUAUUAUCAAUCACACUCCUCCCAAAGCCAAGAUCGGAUGCCAAGCUUGUGGUGCCAUAAUUAAUUUGUUUUAUUAUAUUUUUAAAAAUUUAUUUGUUUGUGAGUUGGAUUUGGAGUACAAAAAGAUGUUGAAGCAUUUGCAUCUCAAAAUAAUGUUUAAUUGUUAUGACGAAGUCCCAUUCAAAUUAAAUUGUUCAAUGAGCUGAGGCCAGUUAAUAACUCUCCAGAUUUUGUUGAGAGGGUUUUGAAUUUAAUUAUAUGUUACAUUGUGAUGAAGUUACUCUAAUUGAAAGUGAUAUUGACAUGAGUUACUAUAAAUUCAUCACUCUAAUUUAUACUCUCUCCCUUUAUUGGCCUUAUGUGAGUGUAAGAAAAACAUUUUAAAAGUAAAGAAAGAGAAAGGCUGUGG